CGCCGUGUGGCAGCUGCCAUCUUGGUUGACGGUAGUGCCGUACAGAAACCCCUUCCCCAAAGGCGGAGGGGCAGCCGGGGUGACCUGAAUCCGCCAUCUUGCUGUACGGCAGGCGGCGGCCCGGGCCGGCGGGCGGGGGCCGGGGCGGGCCCGGCCGGCGGCGGCCGGAGAUGGUGAUCUGCUGCGCCGCCGCCAACUGCUCCAACCGGCAGGGGAAGGCGCACCGGGGCGCCGUCUCCUUCCACAGAUUCCCUCUGAAGGAUUCAAAGCGUCUGAUUCAGUGGCUGAAAGCUGUUCAGAGGGACAACUGGACUCCCACUAAAUACUCGUUUCUCUGCAGUGAGCAUUUCACCAAAGACAGUUUUUCUAAGCGGCUGGAAGACCAGCACCGGUUGCUGAAGCCCACUGCUGUUCCUACAAUCUUCCAGCUUGCGGAGAAAAAACACGACAACCUGGAUUAUGUCAGGAGCAGAAGAAAAAUAGCGAGCCAGGUGCCGCUGCAGGAUGGAGAAAACCCAAGGGAAGGAGGCUGUGAGGUAGUUCAAAGGACCUCAUCUUCUGGCAAGGACUUCAUGGUGAUGCAAGGGACGAACGAGAUGGAGGAGGCAUCGUUGCAAGCGAAACGCGAAUCGAUGUCUGAGGAGGAAGAGAACGUCCACGGCCAGCUGGACAGCCCUCGGAGAAGGACGUUAGGUGAUAAUUUGAUUGCAAAGCCUGGCCCUCAGAAAAAGCCUGAGAGAUCUUCUGCGGAGGACUGCCGGAAAGCCACAUGGACGGGGAGCUGGGUGGCAGACAGAAGUGGUGUUUCGGUCGAUGACUUCACCCCUCCUGCCUCUGGUGCUUGCAAGUUCAUCGGCUCCCUUCAUUCAUACAGCUUUUCCUCUAAGCAUGCCCGAGAGAGGCCAUCUUUCCCUAAAGAGCAGCUAGAAAGGAAAAGGCCAAAGAGAGACGUGGAACCAAGCUGCAGCAGCCAUCUGAUGGGGCACAAUAAGGCUAUAGUGGAAGGCUCCCCUACUUCAUCCCUCACCGCCACCCCUCAGAAACCUUUGCAGGGUUUGUCGGCGUCCCCAGCAGACCUCACCCCUCAGCCUGCUGCUGAGGCUGUGGUGGGGCGGAAGGGUGACACAGAUGCCAACCCCAUGUCAAUCAAUGAGGUUAUCAUGUCAGCCUCGGGAGCUUGCAAACUCAUCGACUCCCUCCACUCAUACUGUUUCUCCUCCAGGCAGAGCAAAAGUCAGGUGUGCUGCUUGCGGGAGCAGGUAGAAAAGAAGAACGGAGAGUUGAGACUUUUAAGGCAGAGGGUCAGUCGCUCUGACAGUCAAGUCAGGAAGCUGAAGGAGAAGCUAGAUGAGCUGAAGAGGAUCAGUUUCCCUUACUUGAACAGCCUGCUAUCCCAGGACUGUGAGACCCCACAGCUGAAUCCUGUGAUGGAACCUCUGUCCUGGAUGCUGGGCACAUGGCUCUCAGACCCACCAGGAGAUGGCACCUUCCCUACAAUGAAGCCCUUCCAGUACCUUGAAGAAGUGCACAUCUCUCACGUGGGGCAACCCAUGCUCAACUUCUCGUUCAAUGCCUUCCAUCCAGACACCAGGAAGCCCAUGCACCGAGAAUGUGGAUUCAUCCGCCUCAAACCCGACACGAAUAAGGUGGCCUUCAUCAGUGCUCAGAACACAGGUCUGGUGGAGGUGGAGGAAGGAGAGGUGAAUGGACAAGAGCUGUCUAUAGCAUCUCACUCUAUAGCCAGGAUCUCCUUUGCCAAGAAGCCCCAUGUAGAACAGAUUACCAGAAAAUUCAGGCUCAAUUCCGACGGGAAACUCGAACAAACUGUCUCAAUGGCAACCACUACGCAGCCCAUGACUCAGCACCUCCACAUUACCUACAAAAAGGUGACACCCUGAUGCCAGGAGGGCCGUGUCUCCCUGCAAGGGUGAGGAGCGGAGUGUCGUGCACCGAGAGCACUGGCAGCUUGGGAGCACAGCAUGGCACACCCUGGAGCUGCCUGCGCUCACCCUGGGGAUGCGGAGCUGCCUGUCCUGUUGAGAAUGUUACUCAGAUGUUUCUGUAAUGGUAUAUUAAAAAAUAAUAAUAAAAAAGCUUUUAUUUUUA